UCGAUAUCUUUGGGAUCGGGCUCGGGAAACAUUUCACUUAGACUUCCUUUCGAGCUGGAUGUCUUGACCGGUCGACUGGUCGAGAUACUUCGCCGCAAAUAACAACAUGGCUUUGAAUUUAAGCAGAUCAGCUCUCAGACGUUUGAGGGGAAGGCAUUAUGGAACUUUGGCACCUGUCACUCGCACUGAAGAUAUGAAAGUGUUGACCUUAGGAAAUAAGGUCAAGGUGGUCGCACUUGACAACAUUAAUACAAGCUCAUCCAUCGGACAGGUGUCCUUCUAUAUAAAAGCUGGAUCUAGAUAUGAGACCCCCUACCAACAAGGAGUCACCCACUAUCUCAGGGCUACAGCCCUCAAUCAUGCAGGUCCUUUCUCUGGUUUCAAACUCACCAAAAGCAUUGAUCUAGCUGGAGGAAAUUUAAGUGUGCAGACCACAAGGGAACACACAAUCUACACCGUAGAGGGACCAGUCUAUGAAAUGGCUGACUUUACAAAAUACUUGGGAGCCAUCCUGACAAAGCCCAAAUAUGACACUUGGUACCGCGAGUCUUGUGAAUGGCGAGUAAUCGAAGACCUGGCAAAGUACAAAGUCAACAACGACCAAGUUGCCUUUGAAGAACUGCACCGUGCUGCCUACAGAUACAACUUGGGGAACUCGGUGUACUGCCCAGAAUCCAUGGUUGGAAGUGUGAACAGUGCAAUGUUAACUUAUUUCCUUGUUGACCACUUCCGGGGUGAGGACAUUACUGUUGUGGGGUCAGGCAUUGAGCAGGGAGAGCUGGAGAAAUUUGUGGAGCCCCUGGAGACUUUGGACGAGGUGUAUGAAGAAAUAAUGGACCUACUGGAGGACCCCAGGGGACGAACAUCAUUUGAUUACUCCGGAUCAGAAUACGCCAUUGCUGUGCCGGAAAGGGAAGAGGUUGAUAUAGUGGAUAUGGAGGACAUCUUUAAGAUUCCACACCUGCCUGCUAAAUACUAUGGAGGUGAAUUGAGAAUAAAGAAUACGUCGCCAGAUGCUACAUUCAUCUUUGCAAAACAAGGAGUUAGCUACAAUAAUGAGAGGGAUCUUCUGGCAUCUGGAAUACUCCAGAUGAUACUGGGAACAGGGAUCAGUAUGAAGUACGGAUCAGGGGGAGGCAGCCACAAGCUCUCCUCAGCAGUUUGUCAGGCUACCGACAGGAAGUGCUCAGCUACAGGUAUCAACAUUAACUACAGUGACUCCGGUUUGUUUGGGUAUGCGGUCAGAGGGACUGGGUAUGAAAUGCGAGCAGCAGUGGAGGCAGCUAACAAAGUGUUUAAGGAGACGUUGUCAGACAUUAAAUCAUCAGAUAUAGAGGCUGCUAAAAAUAAACUGAAAUCAGCUUAUGGUUAUUAUGCUGAGAAUGACGCUAACCUGAUGUAUGAAAUAGGAACAAAGGGAAGAGCCCUGGAUCUUAAUGCUCUGUUCCAAUCAAUUGACCAGAUCAGUCAGCAAGACGUAGCUAAGUUUGCAGAUAAAGUUAAGGCAUCACCCUCCACAGCCUCAUCCGCUGGUAAUAUCAUGAACACCCCUGUGUUACAGGAGCUGGAGUAAUGUGUGUCACAACGGAACUCUUACUGUAGACUAUUGGACAAUUUAUGAGUCGCUCCGAGAAGUGAAUGGAAUUGCUAUUGUUUUCUUCUGUGGUCAUUUAUUGAAAAUAAAUUAUUUUUAAGAAAAUGACAAA